GCAAACAGGCUUAUGAAUAGUGUUACUGGAAAUAAAGUCAUAGUUUGAGUGUAGAUAAAAGAGCAAUAACACUGGCCUUGGAUUGAAGCUGUGGAAAAGAACACUGGGUCUGUGUUCAUGACCCAGAGGCUUUAAAAAUCUGGUUGUACAGAUUAGAGUUUCUUCAGUUUGGGAAUUCCUGUACUCGGGGUUGUGUUGAAUACUCUGCACUCUGCUGAUUAUAUAUAUUCCAGUGGAUCAGACAAGAGGGCCAUAUUCUGAGAAGCACAUCAUGAAGAUGGAUUUGGUUGCAGUUCUGUCUUCUUUUGCAUUGUUGGUCGUCCUUAUAUGUCCUGUAUGCUGUCAGCAUGUUGACUGCAGAUGGGGGUCUUAUGGAGAGUGGUCAGAGUGUGAUGGCUGCUCCAGGACAAAGGUGCGGACCCGCCAUGUGGAGGUGUACGCCCAAUUUGGGGGUGCACCAUGUUCAGGAGAAGCCACACAAGCACAGCCAUGUGUCUCAAAGAAAGGAUGUCCCCUUGCAACAGGCUGUGGAGACCGGUUCCGCUGUACCUCUGGUCAGUGUAUCAGCCAGUCUCUGGUGUGCAACGGAGACCAGGACUGUGAGGAUGGUCUGGAUGAGAGGAACUGUGAUGGAGACAACAGCCAGUACUCAUGUGACCUCGACAAAACGCCUCCAAACUCCGGCGUCACAGGCAGAGGGUACAACGUGUUAACAGGCAAACUGAGAGCAGGUGUGAUCAACACUCUGAGCUUCGGAGGGCAGUGCCGGAAGGUGUUCAGUGGGGACCAUCAAGACUCUUACCGACUGCCACAGAACAUCCUCAGGUACAACUUCGAGGUGACUGUAGAAAAUGAAGACAGCGAUGAAUCCUACGAGAGCUCCUGGUCCUACAUGCAGCACAUCCAGGCCAACGCCUUGGUGGGACACGACCGUCGUAGUUUCCACAAAGAGCUCACUGACAAUAAGGCCUACAGACUUAUAAUCCUGAAGAAUAAAGUGGAGCUGGCCCAGUUCCAAAACUCUGUGCCUCAGUAUCUGACUCUGGCUGAAGGUUUCUGGAAGGCCCUGUCCUCGCUGCCGUACACGUAUGACUACUCUGCUUACCGCCAGCUGUUUGAGAUAUACGGCACACAUUACCUUUCUGAGGGCAAACUCGGAGGCGAAUACCAAGGCUUGUUGGAGUUAGACCGUCAGGCACUCGAUUCAACAAGUACAACAAAUAUAGACUACCAGAGGUGUUGGAGAAAGGUGAAACGCCGUUUCUUUAGAAAGAAAGUCAAGACAACCUGUGAAAAACUGACAAAAUCUUUAUCAUCCAGUCAUGGAAACAAAGUAAACAACAUGCCCAUCAAGGUCAAAGUGUUUGGGGGAGAUACGGCUUUGACGGGCGCUUUGACUCUCCUGGAUCUUGAUAACCCAGAAGCUAACGGAGAAAUCUAUGACAACUGGGCCUCGUCUGUCAAAGACUUCCCUGAAGUCAUAGACAUGAAGCUGCGUCCUCUGUAUGAGCUGGUGAAGGAAGUGCAGUGUGCAGGUUUAAAGAAAGUCCACCUGAAAAGAGCCUUAGAGGAGUACCUGUCGGAGGAGCAUCCCUGUCACUGCGGGCCCUGCCAGAACAACGGGAAGCCGCUGCUGACGGGGUCCGAGUGUCACUGUGCCUGCCGGCCGGGAACAUCGGGCCACGCCUGUGAACAGGGAGCUGUGAUUGGUGAACAACCAGGCGUGAUCGAUGGCAGCUGGACCUGCUGGUCUUCCUGGGGAACCUGCUUUGGAAGUAAAAAGACAAGGACCCGAAGAUGUGAAAACCCCGCCCCCAGGAAUGGCCAGCACUGCAUCGGAGAGGUGUCGGAAGUGAAGCCUUGUGAGGACCCAGACAUCCAGUACUUACAGACGAUGGAGCCUCAGUGCUUCGAUCUCCCAGUGACUCCACCAAAGACAUGUGGAGCGCCCCCAAACCUCAGGAACGGAUAUAUUGAGAAUCCCAGGGACUUUUACCUGGUUGGAAACACGGUGCAAUACUCCUGCAUUGACGGUUAUUACCUUAUUGGAGGCACUGUGGCUCAAUGCACUGAAACCCAGAAGUGGAGGACAGAAUCGCCGGUUUGUAAAAGUGCCACAUGUGGGUUUCCUCUACUCAACAGUGACAUCAUAGCCACCCCUAUCGAGGUAGCCUAUCAGAUUGGACACAGAGUGUUCCUGUCCUGUCCUGCGGGGUCGGUGCUGGACGCGGAGGAGGUGUCAGAGAUCAUGUGCAGUCCCAGUCUGCAGUGGUCUCCUUCACCGGCCAGCGCUCAUUGUAAAGCAGUGCUCUCAGGUCCCACUCCUCCACCUGGCCUGAAAUGUAAGCCUUGGGAGAACGUAGGAAAAACUGAGUGUGUGUGUAAAAUGCCAUCUCAGUGCUCGACUUCUCUGCAGCUGUGUGCCAGACUCGGUUCAAGCCGAACCCGAGUACUCAGUCUUUGUCAGCUCGGAGCUCUGCGCUGUUUGGGGCGGAGCUUCGAGUUAGCGACAGACUGUGACGGGCCACAAGAGCUGUCCCUGUCCUGUGAGGACUGCAAACCAGGGACAGUUUGUCAGGAAUCGAAAUGCGUGUGUCAGAACGUCUCAGACUGCCCGACAGACUCCGCCCCCCUUUGCACCAAAACCAGUGAUGACAGCGUUGCCAAGACGAUGACUGAAUGUGAGGUGGGGGCCAGACGCUGUGCUAAUGAGCAGGUCCAUGUUGUCGGUAUCGAGGCUUGUCCAGAAUAAAAAUGUCUGAGCUCUCUCACUCUGUACAUAAAGGAGGGACAUGUUGUUUUCAAUGAACUGUAAAUAGAAUUUCUUUUUUUUAUAACACUUGAAUUAUACAAAUCAUGUGCUUUUUACGCAUUUGCAUACACAUAUUUACAUAAGCUUAUUUUCUAAAACUAAGAGAAAAUCUUCAAUCAUACAAAAUUAAAUCAAUCAAAUAAAAUACUUCAACUAUGUUUUUGGUCUCUUGACUAAGUUUUAUUAUAUAAAGACUUAUGAACCAAACUCUUUUGCAAAUUAUUAGUUAUGAAUCAAAAGUUAUGAUAACAAAUAACGUGUUAAUGAAUCAUAUCAAUACAUUUUAGAUCUCUAAAUGUAUCUUUAUUUUUAAGAUUCUACAGUUAUGGAGGUCUGUGUUUUUCAAAAGUAUGUUGGACUAGUGUAAAGUAGAACAUAAGAGAAAACAAUGUGUCUUUAAAGUAAUUCAAGUUUUCAAAAAAAUUAUGAAAGCAUAGUGACAGCUUAUUAGUAACUAACAUUACAAUUGAAACAGUUAUAUUUCCCAACACAUAUGAAAUCAGACAAGAUUCCGACCCGGAGACUUGUUUCCAUUCACAACUUUAAUGCGCAUUUUAAAGUAUCGCAUAAGAAAAGCUGUAUGAAAGCCUCAAAUACGCUUUAUGCCUUGGCCAGAGUUCACAUGUGUAAAUGGGUAUGGAAAGGCCUUUGCAUUGAAUAUUAAGCAUGGACCUAAUUACUAUAAAACAUUGGAUUCUAGGAAACACUAUUAUUAUAUGAGAUACUGUAUAAACCAUUGUGAAUGUGAACUUGGAACUAUAACAUUUUAAAAUAACCGUUCAAUCUAAAAUGAAGGCAGAUUCUGCAACUGCAUGGUUUGUUUCGCCACAAAUGUUUUCAGAAAUACAUUUUAUAUACAUGUUAACUUUUUCGUAACAGGAGAACAUUUCCAAACAAGUCAAAAUGGUGGUUACUUUUCUAAUCUGAGGGCAUACAAUGGAGGAGACGCUGUUGGCAUGUUCCCUCACUAAACAUGUCCCAUGUAACGCAAGUUCAACCAAUCAGAGAUGUCGUUUUUACACAAUCAUUCUACUUGACAUAAGGUUGAUAUCAUAAACUUCUGGAUUUUAUGGAAGCACCAUCUUGGAUUCAUUGACCUUUAA